AUGGUAGAAAUAAUAAAAGAAGUUAGCCAUUUUAAAAUAUCCAUGUGGUAUUCAACUGAAGAGGAAGAACUGGUGACAAUGUUAUUAAAAUCUGUUGAAAUUCCAGUACUUAUAAACGUACAGGAAAAUUUUGAGGAAGGAAUUUAUACUGAGAGGCCAAGUGAUUUGGUUUUUGUUUUUGGAAAAAUUUCAAUAGGAAUGUUAUUAAAUAAUACUUUUUGGGGUUUGAACACUCGGUUUUUAGUCAUAUCUAAAUUUUUUGAUGAAGUUAAAACUGAUAUAAAAAUUUUUUGGAAUUAUAAAGUAAUAAAUGUUUUUGAAAUAGUGUGGCCAGGAAAAGAAAUAAUUAUUUAUAGUUUUUUACCAUAUGCAAAUGAACACUGUGAUUUAGAAAUAUUUGAUGUGGAUAAAUUUUCCACUCAAACGAAAAAAUUUGUCAACAAUUGUUUUGCCUUGAAGAAUAAUAAGAAUUUUAAAAAUUUAAAUCAGUGCAACGUUAAUGCAACAUUUGUUAAAGUUAAGCCAAUUGUAAUUUCUGAUGAGGAUAAGAAUAUGACGAAAAAUCUUCAUGGAAUAGAAGGGAAAGUGUUGAUGGAAUAUGGUAAAAAACUUAAUUUUAAUAUAACAUUUGCAACUUCAGCUGAUGGUGUUGGAUGGGGAUGGAUAAAACCUUCUCCUCAAGUGCUGUAG